ACCACUGCACGCACAUGCAUCCAGAUGCUGCUGGGGGAAGCAGUGGCGCUCCUGUGCCUAACCUGGGUCGCUUACCAGACCCUGGCCCUCCCCCGAAUCGCAGAAUGUGACCUGUCCUGCACUCAGGGUUUCAUCUGCAAGAGUCGUGUGAAGUGGAACAUCUUCAACAGCUUCUGCCGUCCACCUCCAGCAUCCCUGCCUGAGUCCGUCCUCAAGGGCCUGACGCUCUCCACCGCCAUGAAAUGUGCACCCUACAAUAACUGCUCUCUGCUCCUGCGUGUGCAGGCCUCCCUCACACUGCACGGUGAGCACAAGCCCUGCUGGUACUCAGGAUGCUUCACAGGGAGGAAGGGAGCAAAGGGUGCCUGGCCUGGUCUGACGAGCCCUGCCUGUCCCCUCCUGCACCCAGAGGGUCUGCGGGGCCUGGAAGCCUGCUCCAUGAACACUAACACCCAGGAGACAGUGUGUCAGAGUGUGCGGAUCUCCGGGGUGCCCAGCCAGCUGCAGUUCCAGGUACAAUUUAACUGUUUCAAGGUGAGCGCAGCCCAGAGUCUCUACAUCACCCUGAGGACUAUCCCCCACUUCUGUGGCGUCCAGAUAAACCAACUAUACCACGUGGAAGACUGCAGAGAUGAAGACAUGAAGAGGAACUUGCCCGACUGCUUCGCCCGGAAGCUCACCUACCAGGUGGACCGCAGCCACAAGGUCAUUCUGGCACAAGUGCAUGAGGCCCCAGGGAGCCUCGACUUCUACCUUCGGCUCUGCCUCAGGUGGUUCACCUGCGAGGACGUGGGAGUCCUGGUGCGGGUGACAGCUGACAGAACCUCCACAGUCUCUCUACCCUAUAACCAAGAGCUGCCGUGCCUGUGCCUUGAGGGCUGGUCUGCAACCCCCGACGCUGUGCGUAUCCAGAUCUGCCCCUUUGAAAAUGACACAGAGGCACUGUGGGAUGCCAUCCAAUACCACCCCGGGAGCCAGGCACUGAGCUGGGAGCCUGCCUGUCCUGUGAGUGGGCACGUGAGCCUGUGUUGGCACCCAAGGCCAGGGACCCACUGCCAAGAGCUAGAGCACUCACGCCGGCCUGUGCAAAGCAGGGUGCAGUACCUCCUGGUGGACCCCCAGCCCCAGCUCUGCCUGAAGUUCUCCACCAACCUGAGCUUCUGGAUCAGAUGCCCUUUUGAACGGUGGCGCAGCCCAGCCUGGAAGAUGAUGGUCCAGCAGGCACCCUCUCAGAGCCCCAUCCGGGUCACCUUCUUCUCGAGCAGCCCUGCCCAUUUCCAAGUGCGCCUCUGUCACCAAAGGAAGCCAGGACCCCCUACGUGCUACCCAGCUCUCCAGGCCACUCCCCUCCCUCUGGCCACUGGCAGCCAGGGGGAGCUCACAGCAGAGCCUCCAGUGGCCUUUGUGGACAUUCCAGGGGAUGAGGUCUGUGCACCUGGCACCUGCAUCCAGGGCUGGAGAACCGACGUGCACUUCUCUGCCCCCCAGCAGCUGUGUGACCCCAAGUGCUCCUGAGGCCAGGAGACUCAAAAUCAUAGGUCUCUCUGCUGUUGGCUUCUCUGUUCACAGAACCAUGGUGCUGGCUCCUAAACCUCAGGCCACCCCUGCUGAGCUGUGUUCUGAUGUCGGUGUCAUCUCCACCUGGUCCCUGGCCAUCAGUGACGUGCUUGCUCUUCUACCUCGGGGCUCUGGCUCCACUGUCCCCUCUUGUACCUUCUGUGCCCACCUUGGUGGGGAUUGCUCACAAAUGACUCGGGCCAUGGGCAGAACCCGCAUGCCCCCCUCAGUAAAUGCCUGUCCACCUGA